AUGAAACCCAACGAAAACGUGCCAAUACUGACCAAGACAGACUCUGAGGUUAGCAGCCUCUCCCAAUCCUCACCGCCCCGCUCUCCCCGCCGGCCCGUAUACUGCGUCCAAAGCCCUUCCUGUGAGUCUGCCUCCACUCGCUUUUCCGGCUCCCGCAAGAGCAGCUCCACCAACCGCAAGGGCCCAUGGAGGCCCUGGAAGGACCACUUCCACGCCAUCGAGGAAGAGGGUCUCCUUGACGCCCACGAUAAUGCCCAACAUGGCUUCCCUCGUCGCUGCUAUUUCCCGGCAUUCAUCUUCGCCUUCCUCCUUCUCUUCUCCUUUUUCUCUCUCAUUCUCUAG